GACUUCAGAAAACUUUGGUCAAGGUUUCAAUAGUUGCCUUGUUUCACUGUAUUUAGGAUAAAUCCAGUUUAAUUCCACACCUCCAUAUGUUUUGGUUUACAUUCACUGACUGCACUCCCAUGAAGAAACAAAAGACUAAAGCGGAUUAAACCAUCUGGAUAAAAAAUCAACAUCUGCUCCUUUGGAGCCUGUAAAGCAGGGGUCUCAUACUCAAUUCAGCCGGGGGCCGCUGGAGGCGGAGUCUGGGUGAGAUCAUCAGAUGAUGACACACAUUAUCCAAUGCGAUGAUGUCAUACAGAGAUCAAAGGCUAUGACCUCAAAUGACAUCAUGGCAUGAUCACAAACAUUUGAUGUCAUCAGAAGAUCAAAGGCUGACCUCGAAUGACAUCAUUUUUGUGGCUCAGAAAAGUUCUUGUACUUCGGAACGCGAAAUUCGGUUCACUUGUUUCACUGGUUCUCAAGUCAUAGGAGUUUCCAGCAGAGCAGAGGAAAGUUUAUCAUCAACUUCCAAGACUUGCAAUUAAAUAUUCAGACUUGUUUACCAAGAUCACAAAGUAUGUCACAUAUUUCUGGAACAAUGGCUUGUCUUCAACAAGAUGAACAAAUCAAUUCCCGUCCAGCCAAGACCGCCCAACAAAAUAGACAUAUUGAUCCCCAGAAUGACCAUCCCGUUCAGCCACUGGCCGAUCUCCAAGAGGUGAAGCUGAACCUCACCCAGCAGGACUCCAUCCUCUCCGAGCUGCGAACUCAGAUCCUACAGGCACAGGAAAAGCAAAAACGUCUGAUCCGUCAAAGAGCAGAGGCUGAGAUGAUCAACAACUAUCAUCAUGAGCUUCCUUUCGAUAAAACCAAAGAAAAGCUACUAGAGUUGCAGAAAGAAGCCUUUGUUCUGAGGCAACAAAAGAAUCUUUCCAGAAUUCUAGACGAGGAGUUGAAAAAGGCGGCCGCCAGCCUUAAAGACACCCAAAAAGGAGAAUUCUGGUUUAAAGAUAAAAACUGUGCCCUGAAGGUUGAACUCCAGGAUCUACAAGA